UUCCCAUUAUACAGAUGAGUUUAGAAUAUAGUUUGGUGAUUUGCCCGAGGUGACGCAGCCGGCUUAGGUUCUCGACCAUGACGCAACAAACACAGAAAUGUUACCGCCUCCACGAAGACUUCCUGCCCCGCAUGGUUUCCACUUCUAAAUACCCAUAAUUCUGCACUAUUACCUCUCUGGUGGAAUCCACUCAAUCUCCCUUGGGGUGUGUGUGUGUGUGUGUGUGUGGCAAGUAUCUGUUUCUUGAGGGCUGAAAUCAUUCACUAAUCUCUCCCAGGGUCAAGCCGCGUACUUGGCACACUGUGGCUACUCCACCUGUGUCCCCAAGUAAAUCAAGGACCGGAGGCUUCUGGAUUUCUUCCACCAGGCUCCGUCUCAGAGGAGGACAGAUGAAGAAAAAUGAGCAGCUGUAUUUCCAGAGAUAUAAAUUAGCUCCAUCAGAAAGCCCCUGGGAUGUUUACCUAGGAGAGCGUGUGGAAAGACAUGGGCUUGAACCAGGAGACCGACACUGGCACAGUGAGGGCGGACGUGAGGACCCUCCCAGAGGCAGGGCAGGGAACAGGGCUUUGGGAGGACCCUCCUGGCCUUAGCAUUGAUGGCCUGUGCUGGACUUCUCCACCUUUCCAGAUUCACUCUCUACUUGUUCCUCAUCCUCACAGGAGAGUAGAGGAAGAAGAGAGAGUGAUGUCGGGCUCUUUAUUCUGUGUGCAUGGGUCAGGGCGGAUAACAGCUCUGUGGUUACUAGCCCAGGAAUCUGUGCUAUCCUGGGUGGUUUCCCUACACCCGGACCUUGCCGUUGUGGUGAGUCCCUUUGUCAGACCCGCUUCAAGUUCUCCUUUUUUUAAAUAUCGUUUGUUGUCAAGCUAGCUGACAACAGCAUGCACAGUGUGCUCUUGGCUUUGGGGAUAGAUUCCCAUGAUUCAUCGCUUUACCUACGACACCCAGUGCUCAUCCCAACAAGUGCCCUCCUCAAUGCGCAUCACCUGUUUUCCCUUCUCCCCACCCCCAUCCACCCUCAGUUUGUACUCUGUAUUUAAGAGUCUCUUAUGGUUUGCCUCCCUCUCUGUUUGAAACUAUUUUUUCCCCUUCCCCUCCCCCAUGGUCUUCUGUUAAGUUUCUCAAGUUCCAUAGAUGAGUGAAAACAUAUGGUAUCUGUCUUUCUUUGACUGAUUUAUUUCACUUAGCCUAAUACCCUCCAGUUCCAUCCACGUUGCUGCAAAUGGCAGGAUUUCAUUCUUUCUCAUUGCCAAGUAGUAUUCCAUUGUAUAUAUAAACCACAUCUUUAUCCAUUCAUCAGUUGAUGGACAUUUGGACUCUUUCCAUAAUUUGGCUACUGUUGAAAGUGCUGUUAUAAACAUUGGAGUACAUGUGCCCCUACGAAUCAGCACUCCUGUACCCUUUGGGCAAAUUCCUAGGAGGGUUAUUGCUGGGUCAUGGGGUAAUCCUAUUUAAAAAAAUUUUUUUUAAUUUAACGCCUAUUCAUUUUUGAGAGAUAGAGACAGAGCAUGAGCGGGGAAGGGGCAGAGAGAGGGAGACACAGAAUCUGAAGCAGGAGAAUCUGUGCUGACAACACAGCCCGAUGCGGGGCUUGAACUCACGAACUGUGAGAUCAUGACCCGAGCUGAAGCCGGACGCUCAACCGCCUGAGCCACCCAGGCGCCCCUGGGUAGUUCUAUUUUUAAUUUCCUCUUCAAGUUACUCUGGUUUGAGCGUGCCUUCUAUUCCUGAAGGGACCGUGGCUGAUGGCGGGGAAUGCCCUUUUCUGUACUCUUUCAGUCAUUUCUUGAGGUCGGGGUCUAUGCUUAUUCAUCACUAUGUCCCCACACUUGGCACCGUACUUGGGAUGUGGUUCUAAUAGCUAACUAAGAUUAUUGAGCACCUAUAAUGUGCCAACAUUGUUACCUGCAUUAACUCAAAUAAUCCUCCCAAGAAUCCCACAAUUAUCACCUUCAUUUUACUGUUGAGGAAAGUAAGAUCCAGAGAGGCUGAGUACCUAGCCCACGGUCACAUGUCUUGUCAGCAUGUAGCAGAGCUGGGGUUUGAACCCAGCCGGUGUGACUCCUGAGCCAACAGGAUGACUCUCAACCCUGCCAGUGGGUUGCCUUCUGGUUGUCGUUUGGGUGUAAGGCGGGUGAUGCCUGUUAGUCUUGGGAACCCAAAGAAUCUGUUUCUUUGCCCACUCAGAGGCUCAAUCGAGUAGAAUGGGCAGAAGGUGGAAUGUAGGUCACCAUGGCAACCGGAUCACCUGGUCACAUUACCUGCUGGGCCCUUGGGGCUGUGGUCCUACUGCAGCACAGAGAAGGGGGGGGUGGCAUGGGGCAAUGUUUGAGGCACCAGAUGCACUGGGAGGACCUGGAAGAAUACCAGGCCCUGACCUUCCUGACCAGGAAUGAAAUCCUGUGCAUCCAUGACACCUUCCUGAAGCUCUGUCCCCCUGGGAAGCACUACAAGGAGGCGACACUGACCACAGACCAGGUCAGCUCCCUGCCGGCCCUGAGGGUCAACCCUUUUAGAGACCGAAUCUGCAAAGUGUUCUCCCACGAUGAUGUGUUCUCCUUUGAGGAUGUCCUGGGUAUGGCAUCUGUUUUUAGUGAGCAGGCCUGCCCCAGCCUGAAGAUCGAGUAUGCCUUUCGCAUCUACGAUUUUAACGAGAACGGCUUCAUUGACGACGAGGACCUACGGAAGGUUGUCCUCCGACUGCUCAACAGCGACGACGUGUCGGAGGACCUGCUGACUGACGUCACGAACCACAAUCUUAAUUCCCUUCCGGGGUCCCCAAGAGCAGGUGCCCGAGCCACCCACACUGCAGUCACCGCAGGCAGGUGGCCCAAUGGAGGCUUAGCAUCAGAUGGACACAUCACAACGUCCCCUGGCCCACAUUAUCCCAGCACAACACAAUGCCCGGAUGUCCUACAGUGACAGCCCCCAGUGUGACAGGCCGUGAAAACAGCCUUGUGAAUCUGUUUGUCCUAAGACCAUGAGAACCUUCAAGUGCUUUUGGUCUAGGUCGAAACCAGAAGCAAAGAUAAAACCAGGAGGGGUCAUCACUGCCUCCUCGUCCUGACUGGGCCCCUUGCCCUACAGAACCCCUGCCUGUGUCUGGGUGACAGGUGGGGGUGGGGGAAGCCACCCUGUUCGCCUCCGUGACCAUUUCUACUGCCACGUUUGUGUUAGAGGCACCAAGGGGUCUCUUCCACAAUGAGACGAGCCCAUGAAGUCCCAGGCUUCAGCGCACAUAAGCUUGAAUUUUCAUGCCCUUGUCUGGGGUGGGAAGUAACAAGGGUGGGAGGUGGGGAGAACACCUGUCUCGCAGGGGGUCCCGGGACUCGGAUAUGUGCCAGGCACUUAGCAGAGAACCUGGCCUGUGGCCGCACUUGGUGAGAGGCACCCCUCCCCCCUCUGCCUGUAUCUCCACGUCACUUUCUCACCCUGGGCCCCUCUCUGCUCUCUGGCUCCUCCUGUACCCCU